AUGUCUCCAGCCACAAGAAUAGCAGAGUUAGCCGCGACGAUUCAAAGAAAUACCAGCAAAGUUGAUGAAUAUCUAACAUCGAAUAAUAUUCCUUCUCCUUCUUUUGAUGUCUCUUCGCCCCUCAGACUCUCUCUACCGCCAGACAUUCAAGCUUCUAGAAAUGCUGUUCUUGAGGCAUCGGAUGAGUUGACUGCUCUUAUGCUUGGACCUGUGGAAUCUUUGAUUCCUCCACCAAAUGCUUGGAUAAGUGUGACCGCUUUACAACGAUUUGGGAUCGCUAAAUCAUUCCCCCCAACCCGCACCUCCACCUUCCUCGAAAUCGCCGAAAAAUGUUCCAUCCCCGAAUCCGACGCCCGUAGCCUAAUCCGACACGCAAUGACCUUCUAUAUAUUCCACGAGCCAUCUCCAGGAAUAAUCGCACACACAGCAUCUUCCAAAGCGCUUGCCGAGAUCCCUCCCGUCUCCGAUUUCAUCGGUUUCGUAAGCGAAGAAAUGCUACCCGCUUCUACUCGUCUCGUCGAUGCUAUGAUCAAAUGGCCUGGAUCGCAGGAAUCUAAUGAAUCGGGCUAUGCACUUUUUAAUGGAACAGAUGUUCCUAUGAUGCAAUACAUAUCAAGGAAUUCUAGACGCUCGCAACAAAUGGGAAAAGCGAUGACUUUUUUGAAAAGCAGACCAAGUGAGAGUGUACAACGCGUUUUGGAAAAAUUUCCAUGGGACGAUGCUGCAAAUGGUCUUGUGGUAGAUGUAGGCGGUGCGAAAGGAACAGUUGGGAUUCAGCUUUUGAGGUUUCUUCCCAAGCUCAAGUGUAUUGUUCAGGAUCAACUCGAAGUAGUCAGAGAUACAACCGUACCUGAUGAUUUGCAGGACAGAUUAAGUUUCAUGGCGCAUGAUUUCUUUCAAGAGCAAUCUGUAAAGGGAGCAGAUAUAUAUCUUAUUUGUAAUGUGUUACAUGACUGGUCUGAUAAAUACGCGGCUAGGAUUUUGAAAAAUUUGAUUCCGGCGUUGAAGAAAGGAGCGAGGGUAUUGGUUUGUGAUAGGGUGCUUCCGGCUCCGUGUACAUUGACGCCAUAUCAGAUGAGGAGACAGAGAGUAGAUGAUUUAUAUAUGAAAGGGAUCCAGAAUGCUAGAGUUCGCGAUCCGAAUGAUUGGGAACAACUUUUUUUGUCGGUGGAUGAGAGGUUUAAGUCGUUUCAAGUGGGAGCGGUUGAUGGGUCGGAGUUGUCUACGAUUUGUGUUACUUGGGAGGGUGAGGAUAUGUUUGAGAUGUGA